AUGGUCGCGGUACAGUUUGCCGUGAGUCUGCUGGCGGCCAGCACAGCCGCCGCUACCACUAAACGCAGUUCUGGAUGCAGUGCGGACAAGGCCCCCGUCUCUCUGGGCGAACGGCACGACGUCACGCUGUCCAAUUCAAACAGGACCUACAUGUACUUCCUGCCCACCACGUAUCAGCCCGACAAGCCGACUCCGCUGAUCCUGUCCUUCCACGGCGCUAGUCGGACCUCGGACUGGCAGGCCGACUUGGACAGACUGACGGACCCUUACUUCAACACGGACCACAUCGUUGUAUACCCGCAGGCGCUACAGUAUGGCGACACGAGCGAGUUCAUAUACUGGCAAGGGGCACCGAACGCAACGGCAGACGACGUUGGCUACGUGUCCAACGUGCUAGACGAGCUGGACGGCAAGCUCUGCAUCAACCAGUCGCGGAUCUACGCCACGGGCAAAUCACAAGGUGGUGGCAUGACCGGGGUACUUGCCUGUGACCUCAACGCCAGCCGCCGCAUCGCCGCCUUCGCCCCCGUCUCCGGGGCCUUCUACACGGGGGCCAAGGAGUGCGGCGACCCGUCGACGCUGGCCAUCAGCUGCAAUCCGGGCCGGGAUGACAUCCCCAUCCUGGACUUCCACGGGGGCAACGACACGACGAUCAGCAUCCACGGCGGGCCGCGCAACGGCGGCUGCCUGCCCAGCAUCCGGCACUGGGUCGCGGAGUGGGCCGAGAGGAACAACCUGACGGGGAAGCCGUCAGAGCAGGGCGUGUUGAGCAGCAGCAGCAGCAGUGCGCGGGAGUACAGGUACGGGACUGGCGCUGAGGACGGGCUCGUCACGUUCGUCUACGACGGCGACCACGUCAACCACGACUGGCCGGCCACGUUCAACAACUCGGACAACUGGGCGCACCAGUCUGGACCCGCGGCGUUCAACGCGUCCAGCAUGAUCAUGGACUUCUUUGCCAAGUACACGCUACCGGACGGCGGAAGUGGCGACGAUGCCACCAGCACGGGGGCCGCGAGUAGCACGGCCGUCCAGACGGGAUCGCCCUCCACGAGCACCCCGAGCACCACCAGCUCGGCCGCCAGCGGCUCCCCGAGGAGCGGAUCAUCAGUCAAAACCGAGUCCCUUGUAGUUACCUGUGUGCUUCUUGUUUUCACUCUGGCGUCUUCGGGGGUUUCCUGGUAA